AAUUAUUUAUUUAUUUAUUCUCCUUUUCUUAAUGACUACCUUGAAAUGCGUGGUUAUUUUGAACGUUAGUAUUUAUUGGAGUGGAAAUUGCAGUAUUGAAUCCCUUGGUGAUUGAAGAAGAAUGCAGUUUAGGGAGAGUGAAGGAAUAGAGGGGAAGAUCUUUGUGGUCACCGGUGGACUCGGAUUCGUAGGAUCUGCUCUAUGCUUGGAACUCAUACGAAGAGGCGCUCAAGAGGUGCGAGCCUUCGACCUCCGCCAAUCAUCUGCUUGGUCGCAUAUUCUUAAAGAGAAGGGAGUCAACUGCAUACAAGGCGAUGUUUGCCGCAAAGAGGAUGUUGAAACAGCACUCCGCGGUGCCGAAUGUGUAUUCCACCUUGCGGCCUUUGGAAUGUCAGGAAAAGAGAUGCUGCAAUUCGGUCGAGUUGACCAAGUCAACAUAAAUGGAACGUGUCAUGUUUUGGACGCUUGCCUAGACCUUGGAAUCAAAAGGCUUGUAUAUUGUAGCACAUACAACGUCGUCUUUGGAGGUCAAAAGAUCGUCAACGGAAACGAGACCUUACCUUAUUUCCCAAUUGAUCGCCAUGUUGAUCCAUAUGGCCGCACUAAAUCAAUUGCUGAACAGUUGGUUCUAAAGAAUAAUGCCCGCCCUCUCAAGAACAACACCGGGGGUCGUCUUUACACUAGUGCUGUUCGUCCAGCUGCAAUCUACGGACCGGGGGAAGACAGGCACCUUCCAAGGAUCAUAGCCAUGGCAAGGUUGGGUCUGCUUCUGUUCAGAAUUGGUGAUCAAACUGUAAAAUCAGAUUGGGUUUUUGUGGAUAACCUAGUCCUUGCUCUGAUAUUGGCAAGUAUGGGACUUUUGGAUGACACCAAUGGCAAGGGAAAACAGCCUAUAGCUGCUGGCCAGGCAUAUUUUAUAUGCGAUGGUUCACCUGUCAAUUCUUUUGAGUUCCUCCAACCUCUACUCCGGAGUUUGGAUUAUGAACUACCAAAAACAUCUUUAGCUGUCGAUCAUGCUCUUGUUCUUGGGAGGAUUUGCCAAGGUGUUUAUAUGAUUUUAUAUCCAUGGCUUAAUCGGCGGUGGCUCCCUCAGCCAUUCAUCCUUCCGAGUGAAGUACACAAGGUGGGAGUGACCCAUUAUUUCUCUUAUCUUAAAGCCAAAGAAGAAAUUGGCUAUGUUCCCAUGGUGACCUCACGAGAGGGGAUGGAUUCUACCAUAUCUUACUGGAAACAGAGGAAAAGGAAAAUUAUGGAUGGGCCUACCAUCUUUACGUGGCUGUUUUGUAUCAUUGGAAUGACCUCACUCUUCUGUGCUGCUUUCCUACCAGACAUAGGGAUUUUGUCUCUUCUCAGAGCUUUAUGUUUAUUUGUCUUUCGGUCAAUGUGGAUGACAAGGCUGGUGUUUUUUAUAGCGACAGCUGCACAUGUCCUUGAGGCCAUUUAUGCUUGGUACCUGGCUAAAAGCGUGGAUCCUGCCAAUGCAACAGGCUGGUUUUGGCAAACAUUUGCUCUGGGGAUCUUUUCAUUGCGUUUUUUAUUGAAAAGAGCAAAGGAAUAAGUAAGAAUCCCUCAUCUUGUACCGGAGUCAUUUUCACGAAAAGAUAGAUUAUAACCAAAAUAAACUCUAAUAUGCCGAUUACCCGCUAAGAUAAAUUAACAGUGGCUGUUAAAAAGUAAGAGAAAGAAUAAAAAAUUUAACAGUUGUAAUGUUUUUUUACACCCUUAA